AUGUCUGCGCUUCCCGCUAUCCGCUCGCCAUGCCUGUCGAGUUCCAAGUGGCUUCAAAUGGAGCCUUCGCAGUUUCACUGUCGAGGUUUCGGAGGUAUGCCGCGGACUGCUUGCUCCUCGACGUUGGCUAUGACGCCGGCGCAUGAGCGCAUGGCGCUGCCUUCAUUGAAAGCCUUGCCUUUACGCACUUCUAUGAGUUUGCAAAACAUGAUUGAGACGUCCACUCCAGCUGCGACAGCUUACCAGCAGCCUGUCCAGUCGCCGCUGAAGAAGCGCGUGCGGGCACUAUCGAACGCUUCCAAGUCCAUCACGCUGGACAUGUUGCGUCCAUACUUUGAAAAGCCGUUAGCAGAGGUGGCCAAUAUUUUUGGCAUCUGCAUGACGCUCAUGAAGAAGAUCUGCCGUAAGAACGGCGUGCCGCGGUGGCCCCACCGUCAAAUCCGUGGUCUCCACAAGAGCAUCUGGUCCAUCGAAAAGGCUUUGCGGUGCUGCGAGUCCGAGGCGCAGCGUCGUUCGUACGCCGAGCACCUACGGAAGCAGCGAAUGAAGUUGCUGACUAUCCUCAAGGGCCCAGUUAGUCCGAGCAGCAAGGCUGCCUUUGAGCUCGUGCUGUCUGAGCCGUGCUCUCCAAUGGGUCAGCUGGUCACCCCCACGUCAGCCAACAUUCCUCGUGUGGCUCAGACUCUAAUGCUGGACAACUGCAGUCCGGUGUUUCGGCUGCCAACUCCAGUGCACUCGCGAACGCCAAGUAACGCGUACCACGCUCUACAGCCCCGGUGUGGCCAUGGCUCGACUGCGCUGCCAUCGAUCGCGUCACUGUUGAUGAAGACGGAGAGCCAACGCAUGAACUGCAACUACCGAGUCUGA